CUUCUAACCACAUUCUCCAUAAUUCUUAUCCUCCAAGUUUUUAUUAUGGCAGAACCCUACUCCAAUUUCUUCACUAGAUGCUUCAACUUCAUCCCUCUUAACUCACGCUACUCUUCCUCUACAUCAUACUCCAUCUUUCCUUCCAUUUCUCCUCAUACAGAUGACUCGUAUUCAUACAAUAUCAUGUCCGUGCAGGAGACUCCGAUCAAUUCAGACAACAUUGGAGUCAUUUUGGGAUCUGUAAGCAGUCAUACGUAUUCGGACAACAUUUGUCCAGUGCACGAGACUCUGGGUAUUGUCAGAUCUGAAGAAAGUAAGAUGUUCUCAAAUACCUAUCAAGUUCAAGCAUCACCUCCUUCACCUCCUCUAAGAGAAGCUCUACCUCUUCUCAACAACUUGAGUUUUAGUGCAGAAGAGAAUAGACCUUCUUCCAGUCCCAUGGAAGAUGACAGAAAGAGAGCUAAAGAUGAGAGCAUUCUAUCUCCUGUUGAUGAUGAAGGUGUGGCUAUAGACCUACAUAUAGGGCUCCCUAGCCCUAGUUCUUAUUUGUUUUCUUCCUCUGAAGAGAUUGUAAGUAAGGAUAAUGUUGGUGUUCUCUUAGGGUUGCCCUUGAACAGAUCAAACAAUGUUCAGUAUUGGGUUCCUACACCUUCUCAGAUUCUCACUGGCCCAACACAGUUCUCAUGUCCUGUUUGCUGCAAGACGUUUAACAGAUACAACAAUUUGCAGAUGCAUAUGUGGGGACAUGGAUCUCAAUACAGAAAAGGGACAGCCUCUCUAAGAGGAACUCAACCAACAGCAAUGCUAAAACUGCCUUGCUAUUGCUGUGCACCGGAAUGCAAGCACAACAUUAAUCACCCAAGAGCAAGGUCACUCAAAGACUUCAGAACCCUCCAAACACAUUACAAGAGAAAGCAUGGAACCAAACCCUUCAUGUGUAGAAAAUGUGGUAAGCCAUUUGCAGUGAAAGGUGAUUGGAGAACCCAUGAGAAGAACUGUGGGAAGGUAUGGUACUGCAUUUGUGGAUCUGAUUUUAAACACAAGAGAUCUCUUAAAGACCAUGUAAGGUCCUUUGGGCAAGGCCAUGCAGCUUUUGGUGUUGAUAGUUUUGAAGAAGACGAUGAGCCGGCAUCGGACAUUGAGCAAGGUGGUGAAUCCCCAGUGUGAUGCAUAGUAGAAAACUGGGAUUUGAAUGCAGAAACAUCUCAUCUUCUAAGAGGAUGCUGAGCUUCACAUAGCAAUAUUAGGGCUUUGGGCAUAAAAAAGUUGAACUUAAAACCACUUUUCUUUUCUUUUCUUCUUUUUCUCUGUAAUGUGGACCAGAAUAUCUGUAAAUAAUGUGCUUAUUUGGUAUAGAAGAAUGUGGUUUAUGAAUCACCUAAUGUUGUGAGUGAG